AUGAGGCAAGCCAGGACCACCACUGACACCCUGCGGAAGCAGCUGCCGCGACAGCGAGUGGACGACGGGCCUAGAGGAACAGCUGCAGCGCCUGCGAAAGACCAGCUGCGCCAUGCAGGCACGAGACGCCCAGUGCGAGGAGUGCAGCGGCUGCCAGUGCCAGCGAGCUCUGAGCAGGCAUCUCCAAAUGUCUCGGAGCCGAGAGCCUGCCGGGGCUCUCGGGCCAGUGGACCCCGUCCCCACGACGGCGCUCCUAGCCAGGCCGAGGCCGUUCGCCCCGCCGAGGCCCCUCUCCCCGGCCUGCUCAGACUCCUCCAAACUCGCCCUGAUCCACUCUGCCCUGCACAAGUGCCAGCUGCAGGUCCAGGGAGAAGAGCAACCUGGCUCACAGCCUGCAGGAGCUACGGCAGAAGCCAGAAGCGGGAGAAGCUGCAGGCUGCCCAGGAGGAGCUGCGGCGCCAGCGGGACCAGCUGGAGGAAGAGCAGGAGGACGCGGUGCAGGAUGGUGCGCGGGUGCGCCGGGAGCUUGAGCGCAGACAACCAGAGCAGCUGGAGGAGCGCUCAGUCCUGGCCAAGGAGCUGGUGGAGGUGAGGAGCGGAGCCGCCACGCUGCAGCAGGACAUGCUGCAGGCUGAGAAGGCCGAGGUGGCCGAGGCGCUGACUAAGGCUGAGGCUGGCCUCGUGGAGCUCGAGCUCUCCAUGACCAAGCUGAGGGCAGAGGAGGCCUCCCUGCAGGACUCCCUGUCCAAGCUGAGCGCCCUUAACGAGAGCCUUGCUCAGGACAAGCUGGAUCUGAACCGCCUUGUUGCCCAGCUGGAGGAAGACAAAGCCGCCCUGCAGGGUAUGUGUGUGUUUUUUUUUUUUUGAAACAGAGUCUUGCUCUGUUGUCCAGGCUGGAGUGCAGUGGCACGAUCUGGG